AUUUAUAUCCAACCAAAUCCCCCUUCCAUACUUUCGAUCCGUCGCUUCUUAAUUAAACAUCUCAUAUUUUGAUCAAUUCAAUCAAUCCUUGUUCUUUCAAAAUUCAGUAAAAGAUGGAGGAAAUCACAGAGGGAGUGAGCAACAUUGCCAUCGCUGGAGAUACUCAGAAGAAGAACCGCAUCCAGGUGUCCAACACCAAAAAGCCGCUCUUCUUCUACGUCAAUCUCGCUAAGAGGUACAUGCAGCAGCACAAUGAAGUGGAGCUUUCGGCUCUUGGAAUGGCCAUAUCAACAGUUGUCAGUGUUGCUGAAAUCCUGAAGAACAAUGGAUUUGCAGUUGAGAAGAAGAUCAUGACUUCUACUGUUGAAAUCAGAGACGAGUCUAGAGGACGACCCAUCUCGAAAGCGAAAAUUGAGAUAGUGCUGGGAAAGACAGAGAAAUUUGAUGAAUUAAUGGCAGCUGCUGCAGAGGAGAGAGCGGGAAAUGGUGAAGAGCAAAGUUAAAUGUGUUUUGUUGAUCAUGGUUUUUUUAUACUAUAUAAUUUGAGCUGAUAUUUGAAUGCAUUUUCGAAGUAGAACUCUAGUUGUAGUCAGUCUAGGAUUUUGAGUGCAGUCAGCCGGCAGCUGUGAACAGAAUAUCUCUGUUAGCGUACAAAACAUUUUCCUUCAAUUCAAAAUUCAAUUUUCUUGUCA